ACUGUCCAUUUAUAAAUAGUUUACAGUAAACAAAGAUACGGUCAGGUUGAAAAGUGUCAUAUGUAUUAAUAUACGACAUGUUUUACAGUUUGUACAGUUUGUUUAAUCGGAUUUUAUAUAUAGUUGAUUUUCGAACUCGCUCGCAAUGGCUGUGGAACCAGGAGAUGCUAAAUUUGUAAGUAAACUUAACGAGGAGGAAAAGAAGAGGGCAAAGGAUGAGCUUCAUGAACUGAACGACAAAGACAGAGAGGGCGCUGUACAGGCGUUAAGAAAAUGGGCGUUGGAACAGAAAUGGCUCAUAACUAUGACAGAUUUCGAAUUCCUUUUACGGUUUAUUCGGGUAAGGAAGUACAGUCAACUUGGAGCUAGGGAGACGCUUGAAAACUACUGGACAAAUAGAACUAAUGUCCCUGAAUGGUUCAAAAACGUCGAUCCCGCAGACGAAAAAAUACACAAAGUUCUGCGAACGGGAAUGAUGUACUGUCCAAAGGGAUACGACCAACACGGGCGCAGAGUAAUAUUUGGCAGCACGGACAAUUUGGACAUGAGUUUGAUGAAGUCUAAAGAAGGACAAGAUUUGAUGUACAAAACCUGCUGCCUUCUCUUUGAUUGGUUAGCUUAUGAUGAAAAGGCACUGGUAAACGGAGUAGUUUUCGUGUCCGACUAUUCUGGAUUGUCCAUGGAAUUUAUUAAAUAUUGGAACCCAGAAGCAGAAAAGAAACUGUUGGCUUAUUUUCAGAAAUCGUUACCAAUGAGGUUUAAGGCAUUCCAUAUGUACAAGAUGCCUGCUUUCGUUGAUGCUCUGUUUGCCAUCUUAUUACCUUUUAUGAGCCAAAAAUUUAAGGACAGGAUGCACUCACAUGGUAAAAGUUUGGUGAAGAUUUACGAGGAACUUGGUAUGGAAGUGUUCCCUGAUGAAUAUUUACCCGACGAUUAUAAUGGUCCGUCAGCCGGAACUAAACAGGAAAUCAUUGUGAUAAUUGCUUCACCAUUCGACAUGUCUAUGCACGCUCAUAUGGUGACGAGGGUAAACAAACACAGAGUUACAUGUCUGUAAACAAACACAGAGUUACAUGUCUGGAGUAUGUACACUACAGUGGAAAGCUGCAGCAUCUAUAAUGUCAAUAAGUAUUCGUGUGACAAGAGCGUAGCUCUUUGGCAUGUAUCAAUAUAGAUCUUAAUAUUGAUGAAUGAAAUAAAACAUGUUUUGGACAAAUGUUAUAAAUACAUGUAUCCUCUCUGUUUAAAAAUUAUUUUUGAUAAAAAUUUAAUUUUAAUUUUGUUUUACUUCAAACAAAUUUGCAUUCGGGCGUAUAUUUCCACGCCUAUGCGAUGCUCUUGUUUUAAUUAUUUACAAUCUAAAUGUCAAAUAUGUGUUAGUGUUAAAUAAUGGAUUUAUAGCAUGUCAUAUGUUAUAUAUUAUUGAGGAAAGUAGUCCUGGUAGUUAUAUGUUGUAAAUGAAGCAAAAUGUAAACAAAUAAGUAUUUUGACUUCCAUACAAAUUACUGUUGCAUUAUAAUUUCCCUUAUUGCCAAAAGAGUAAAAGUAGCAGAAGAUAGUUCAUGAAUAUAGCUAGUAAGUAUGUAACAAGAUACCAAAAAUAAAGUUUUUGAAAAACAAAAUUGAUAGCAUUUCUGAUGCAUAUUUGGCCUUUAAAUAUUAAAUAUAGCAUGUUUUUAAAUCUCAAUUUAUUGACACCCCGUUUUUCAUUUCAGUUUUUAGUGAUCAUUCAAGAUCAUCGAUUCCAAUACUCUAAAUGUUGAGGAUGUAAUAACGCUGAAGCCAGCGCAAGGGUGCUUUGUUCCUCUUUGUUGCAUAAUACAUCAGGCAUAUCUAUAUUGAGAGUUGUCGCCCCUUCCAUUACCUCUCAUGAACAGACUUUUGAAAAAUGAAUCUGGAAUAUUUAGAUUUUGCUGUUUUUUGUUGU